ACUCGUGAGCAGAGUUCCUUGUGGCUCGGCAUCCCGGGUGCCUCAGACAUCAUGCCGCGCUCUUUCCUCGUCAGGAAGCCCACUGACCCCAACCGCAAGCCCAACUACAGCGAGCUGCAAGAUUCCUCUCCGGAGCUUACCUUCCAGCAGCCCUAUGACCAGGCCCACCUGCUAGCAGCCAUCCCGCCCCCGGAGGUGCUCAACCCCACAGCCUCUCUGCCCACGCUCAUCUGGGAUUCUGUCCUGGUGCCUCUGACUCAGCCCCUCCGCCCGGCCUCCCUGCAGCCGCUCCACCCGGCCUCUCUGCAGCCCCAGGAGAGCCCGAGCCCCAAGGCAGCAGAGCUGACUUCGCUGUCUGAUGAGGACAGUGGGAAAGGCUCCCAGCCUCCCAGCCCACCCUCGCCAGCUCCUUCAUCCUUCUCCUCCGCCUCGACCUCUUCCCUGGAGGCCGAGGCCUGUGCUGCUUUCCCAGGCCUGGGCCAACUGCCCAAGCAGCUGGCUGGGCUCUCUAUGGCCAAGGACCUCCAGUGUCGCAAGGCCUUCAACUGCAAAUACUGCAACAAGGAAUACCUCAGCCUGGGCGCCCUCAAGAUGCACAUCCGGAGCCACACCCUGCCCUGUGUCUGUGCCACCUGCGGGAAGGCUUUCUCCCGGCCCUGGCUGCUGCAGGGCCACGUCCGGACCCACACCGGAGAGAAGCCCUUCUCCUGCUCCCACUGCAGCCGCGCCUUUGCCGACCGCUCCAACCUGCGAGCCCACCUGCAGACCCACUCGGACGUGAAGAAGUACCGCUGCAAGACGUGCUCCCGCACCUUCUCCCGCAUGUCCCUGCUGCACAAGCACCAGGAAUCCGGCUGUUCGGGGGGUCCCCACUGACCUCCCACCUCCCGGCACUCCCCACUGCCCCCCAAUUCCAGAAGGAAGGAGCCCAUCCUCCUGCUCCCAUGGGACUCCCUUCCGAAAACCAAUAGGCUACAUCCGGCAUACACUCAGGACUUUGGUGAAGCCGCCUUCUGAUCUGUUCUCUCCACUUAGGGGCCUAAGGGGGGCACCGAGAAGCAUUCGGUGCCCGCUGCCUGUGUCCUCCUCCUGGCGGCCGUGUGGGGCGCAACAGGAGCAUUCUUGUGCAGGCCUCUGUGGCUUGUGUAUCCAGAGCUGUUUGGAUACAGCAGCUUUUCAUUGCUGGACAGAAGCUGACUGCCUGCCUGCCUGGGAGCUCCCAGCCCACUCAGGGGACCCCACACCCCUACCUCCAUCUUCCCCAAGGAGCCCUCAGGCCACCUUCCUCAAGGUGUGACUGACUAUGCAAUAGCCCACUCCGGGUGCGUCCUCCGCCUCUGGGGCAGUUUCGGGACACGAGGACAGACGUGUCUAGACCUCCAGAUGCCCCUGGGCCUGGGCAGCUAUUUCAGCCUGUUUGUCAUGGUGACACCUGUCUCAUGGGCAAUUUAACAGUGUCUCAAAAGGGACUGUGAGUAAUGGCCAUCACUUGUCAGGGGCCAAGUGGGGGUACUUCAGCCUGACCAAUGUGUCUCCCAGAACUAUUUUGGGGGCCCAACAGGUGGGCCUGGGAGGAAGAUGUUUACAUUUUUAAAGGUACACUGGUAUUUAUAUUUCAAGCAACAUUUUCUAUAAGGGAACAUUUUGUAUAGCUAUAUGUACAGUUUAUUGAUAUUCAAUAAA